AUGGAACCACCUGAGUUUACCAAGGACCCCAGUAACACAACAAUGGAACCACCUGAGUUUACCAUGGACCCCAGUAACACAACAAUGGAACCACCUGAGUUUACCAUGGACCCCAGUAACACAACAAUGGAACCACCUGAGUUUACCAUGGACCCCAGUAACUCAACAAUGGAACCACCUGAGUUUACCAUUUACCCCAGUAACACAACAAUGGAACCACCUGAGUUUACCAUGGACCCCAGUAACACAACAAUGGAACCACCUGAGUUUACCAUGGACCCCAGUAACACAACAAUGGAACCACCUGAGUUUACCAUGGACCCCAGUAACUCAACAAUGGAACCCAUCAGUGCGAACUGGGAACCUUUGCAACCUGUUGAAAGGACAGUUCCACACGAAAAGUCACAGGUAUAUGAGGAUGAUGUCAACACCCCUGUAUGUGGUGAAUGGCAGGGCUCUGUCCCAGCAGGGGACAAGUCCAUAUGA